GCAUGAUAGAAUGUUACUUUAUAUAUGAUUUUAUAUAUAUAUAUAUAUAUAUAUAUAUAUACAUGUUACAUUAUUUGCUCUAUAUAAAUAAGCAGUAUUAGUGUUCUUCGAUAAGCACCGCCUUCCACUUCUAACGUGCACAGAGAAUAAGAGCAACGGAGUAAGAAGAGAAAUAUGGUCUCAAAUAGUUUGGAUUCAACACCACCAAAACAUAAACGCCAUGUCGUUUUGUUCCCGUUCAUGUCCAAAGGCCACACCAUCCCACUCCUCCACCUAUCUCGUCUCCUCCUCAAACGCCACCUCUCCGUCACCAUCUUCACCACCCCGGCCAACCGACCUUUCAUCGCUGACUCUCUCGCCGACACUUCCGCCUCCAUAGUCGACCUUCCCUUCCCCGAAAACAUCCCCGACAUCCCUGCCGGCAUCGAAAGCACGGACAAGAUCCCUUCCAUGUCGCUCUUCUAUUCCUUCGUCACAUCCACCAAAUCCAUGCAACCGGACUUCGAACGAGCUCUGCAGUCUCUUGUUCCACAAGUCAGUUUCAUGGUCUCUGAUGGGUUCCUCUGGUGGACUGUUGAGUCUGCCUGUAAGUUUGGUAUACCAAGGUUAGUAUCCUACGGUAUGUCCGCUUAUGUCUCUUCUGUGAGCAGUGCUGUACUUCAGGAAUGCCUUCUUUAUGGACCCCAAUCCGACAACCAGUUGAUCACAGUGACUCGCUUUCCAUGGAUUCAAAUCACAAGAAAUGACUUUGACCUGCCCUUCUCGAACCCCGUACCGUACGGUGUCGUUUCCGAGUUCCAUAUGAACUGUGCGAUGUCAACAACCAAAAGCUUCGGCGUGAUUCUCAACAGUUUCUACGAGCUUGAGCCUGUGUUUGUUGACUCUGUAAACAAUGCAACUGAAAUUGAGACAAAGGCCUGGUGUGUUGGGCCUCUUUGCUUGGCCGGCCCAGUACCCAGAUCCCAACUAUCCCCAAGCAAUAAGCCCGAAUGGGUUCAGUUGCUAGACCAAAAACUAGAACAGGGGAGCUCUGUUCUGUACGUGGCGUUUGGGUCACAAGCAGAGAUUUCACCCGAGCAACUCGGGGAAAUAGCAAUGGGAUUAGAAGAAUCAAACGUGAAUUUCUUAUGGGUGAUGAGGAAAAAAGAAGCAGAGCUACCAGAUGGGUUCGAAGAGAGAGUGAAAAGUAGGGGAAUGGUGGUGAGAGAUUAGGUAGAGCAGAGGGAGAUACUGAUGCAUAAGAGCGUACAGGGGUUUCUAAGCCACUGCGGAUGGAAUUCGGUGUUGGAGAGCAUAUGUGCUGGGGUUCCGAUUCUUGCUUGGCCCAUCAUGGCAGAUCAACCAUUGAAUGCAAGAAUGGUGGUGGAGGAGAUCAAGGUUGGAUUGAGGGUGGAGACAUGUGAUGGAUCGGUGAGAGGGUUCGUCAAGUGGGAAGGUCUGAAGAAGAUGGUGAAGGAGUUAAUGGACGGUGAAAAGAGAAAGGAAGUGAGGAAGAAGGUGAAGGAGGUUGCAGAGAUGGCAAGGAAGGCUAUGGAGGAUGGUGGGUCAUCAUGGCGUACAUUGGAUACUCUUAUUGAUAAUAUUUGCAAACAAUAAUAUAAAUAUAUAUAUAUAUAUAUAUUUAUUCAAUGUUACUGCUAAUAUAAUAUGUUCUUCAGUAAUG